GUUUUUCAGCCAAUAAUCCAAAGGUAAAUUGAGAUUGUGAACAUUACAUUAGUUUUAAAAUGACAUUUGAUGAAAUUUUUAUGGAAGCAAUGGAUCUAGAGCACAAACAUAAUAUAAUUCUAUUAACGGGCCUGCCGGGUGUGGGAAAAACAACAUUAUUGCGAAAAAUAUGUGAUGAAGUUCGGGUUAUUAACAGUUGCCAGGGGUUUUUAACUGAGGAAGUAAGGGAUAAACAAUCACGUAAACGCAUUGGUUUUGAUGCUGUGUCCAUGUCUGGCCAGCGUUGCGUAUUGGCAAGAGAUCGUGCUGAGAAGAAUAAACAGAUGCCAAUGAUGGGAAAAUAUUAUAUUUAUAUUGAUGAUUUUGAAAAUCUUGUACUUCCCCUGAUUGCUUGUGCAAAUUCCAAAUUUGAACUUCUGGUUAUUGAUGAAAUUGGAAAAAUGGAACUGAAGAGCAAAAAAUUCGAGAGUGCUUUAUAUGAAUUAAUCCAUAAGGUACCAAUUCUGGCUACUAUACCAUGCACAGUUAUUAAAGACAGUAAACUAAUUGAAUAUAUAAAAAAAACACCUAAAUCGAUUAUAUACGAAAUAAAUAAAAAUAAUCGCGAUGUAAUACAGAAAGAUGUUGUGACAUGUAUCAAUAAUAUGUUAAAAAAUAAUUAGAUAAUAUUUUAUUUAUUUUUCA